AUGCGCUCGGAUCUCCUAAAAUGGUUCGUGCUCUUGGCGAAUCUGGCGCAGGCCGUUCGAGCGGCACUACCUCCCACAAAGGACCCAGCAUCCUACGUCGACACUCUCAUCGGCACCCUCAACGGCGGCAACGUCUUUGCAGGACCCUCCGCCCCCUUCGGCAGCAUCAAGCCCGGUCUCGAUUCUGAUGCGCCCAACAAUCAGGCCGGUUUCGUGCCGGACGGCCACUCUCCCAUCUUUGGAAUCAGCGCACUCCACGACGACGGUACAGGAGGCAGGGCAUCGCUCGGAAUGUCCUCGCUGCUGCCGCAGUACUGUCAGCUCGACAUCAACGAAGCUACCUCGGGAUGCAAGUGGACCCGACACGCGAGAAGGGCCGACAUCAAGCACUCUUCCGUCAAGAGCACCCCGGGAGAGUUUCACUUUUCGCUGCAGUCCGGGGUAGACGUCAGCAUGGCUGCUAGUGAUCAUGCUGCUGUCUACAACAUCGACUUUUCCGACGCUAUCGAGCGUGGUUCGUGGAGGUCGUCGCGCUCAGCCACGGAAGAGCCUUCGAAGCGAGCAAACAACCUCGAGCCCGUCCUCGUGUUCGACUACAUGACCGAUCUGCAGAAUAGCGGUCGUUCUCCAAACAACUCGCUCACCACUUCCUCCUUCGUCCUCCCAGCCACAUCCGAUUCGCCUGCUACGGAGGUGACGCGCAUCGAAACGAGCGCCACCUUUUCCCCUUCCUUCGGCGUUGGACAAUUCACUGUCUACACGUGCCUCGACGUCCCGCUGGUUCGAGCGAUGGGAACGUACGAAAUGGACAAAUCGUCUCCGGACGCCAAAGAUCUCACCGACGUCUAUGGUGAGGCAGGUGUCAUCUUGACGAUCGACCAGGAUCGACUUUCCUCAGCAGAUUUCGCGGGGACGCUUCCCGUUCGCAUAGGUAUCAGCUGGACAUCCACACGUGCAGCGUGCAACUACGCAUCGGCGGAAAUCCCCACCUUCCCUUCCACCAAAUCUCUCUCCACCGUCGCGUUAGCUACUCGCUCCAAAUGGAACGCGCUCCUCAGCGACACCCUCACCAUCUCGCACGACGGUCUCACCCCGGACGACCUGACGCUCUUCUACUCGUCCCUGUACCGCACCUUUCUCUCGCCCAACAAUGUCACUGGGGACAACCCGCGGUUUUCCACCACCGAACCCUCGUACGAUUCCCUGUACUGCAUCUGGGAUUCCGCCCGUACGGUGCACCCGCUGUGGACGCUUCUCGCACCUGGGGUGCAAGCCGAAGUCGUGCGUUCCGUCGUCGAGAUCUACCGCAAGGAAGGGUGGCUGCCGGACUGUCGGAUGUCGACGCUGCAGGGGUUUACGCAGGGUGGGAGCAACGCGGAGAUGUUGUUGAGCGAUUCCUUUGUCAAAGGAAUCUUGCGGGGCGAUAGGGGGUUUUGGGAGGAUGCGCUAGAGGGGAUGCUUAAGGAUGCACAAAUCGAACCGCCCUCCUGGGGGCUUGUCGGUCGAGGUGGGAUCGAAGCAAGACGUGCACUAGGCUACGUACCCCGCGGAGAAUGGGGAUCGCCCGAGAAACCGGGCGCAACACCAGGCAGAACCGCCAGCAGAACCAUCGAGUACGCAUACAACGAUUUCUCCAUCGCCCUCGUCUCCGCCGGUCUCUCCCACCCCACGCUCUACACAUCCUACCGCGUUCUCAGCAACGACACGUUCAACCUGUGGAACACUUCGAUCGCAUCCGACAACUUCACCGGAUUCCUCCAAGCGAGAAACGAGGAUGGUUCGUGGGCGUACCAGGAUCCACGUCGAUGUUCCCCUGCAUUGGAACCAUUCGGUUGCUUUUUGGAUCGAGGCGAAGGUCAUGAUUUUUACGAAGCUAGUAGUUGGCAGUACAGCUUUUUUGCACCGCACGAUAUGGCACAGGUGGUGGAACUGAUGGGUGGAAGCAAGAGGUUUGUGGAGAGAUAUAAGCAUAUGUGGUCGAUGGGUUAUGCGGAUAUAGGCGAUGAACCCGGGUUCUUGGCUGCGUAUUCGGCCAACUUUGCCGUCGGAGGAUACAGACAUACGGUCGAUCUCGUGGUCAAGUUGAUGCGGGAAAAGUUCAGUACGAGCAAGGCAGGUUUGCCAGGCAACGACGAUGUCGGAGCGAUGGGAAGUUUCAUCGUCUGGACGCAUCUCGGUAUGUUCCCCGUCGCCGGAACGGGGGUCUACCUGCUAAGCACGCCUCUGAUCAGCGCGUACGAGGUGAGAAACGCCAUCACGGGGAAGGUGUUCCGGUUGAAAACGCGGGGCUGGGAUGGGGCGAGAAGGAACAAGUAUAUUAGGGAAGCGUGGUUGGAUGGAGAAAAAUAUACGAGGAAUUGGUUGUGCCAUAGCGUGUUUGAGAGGGGAGGGGUGUUGGAGCUGGUGCUGGGGGAGAACCCGGGGGAGAUGGGGAGCAGGGAGGAGGAUUUGCCGCCGAGUCUGUCGACGGGUGGGUUUGGGUAUGAUUCGGCGGUGCUGGGGUGUUGA